AUGGCUUUGAUAAUGGCUUCAAGCUUGGCUUUAGGGCUUGUGUUUUUUAGUGCUGCAGGUUUGUGUGAGGCAAAGGAUUUUGUGGUUGGUGGUCAAUCAGGGUGGAAGAUCCCUUCAUCUCCUGAUGAGUACAACCGUUGGGCUGGCGAAAAUCGAUUCAAUAUCGGAUACAUUCUUGUUUUCAAGUAUCCAUGUAAUAAUGACUCGGUGCUGGAAGUGUAUGAGGAUGACUACAAGAAAUGCAACACCAAAAACCCUAUAAAAUCCUACGUCAGCAACGGAAACACUGAGGUUGUGCUAGAGCGAUCAGGGCCGAUUUUCUUCAUAAGCGGACAAGAUGGCCAUUGCGACAAUGGACAAAAGCUUGCGGUCGUGGUUUUGUCUCCCAAACACACCCCUCCGGUGCCGACGCCUACUCUAGCUCCGGAGGCUAACAGCAACGAUGGGCCGCCGAUGGUUGUGGCGGCCCGUCUUGCUUUGUUGCUACUGCUAUUGCCAACUUUGUUUUAUUAG